AUGAGUGUGGAAAAUGUACAGAUCGUUUUUGAUGAUCCAACGGCAGUAUUUACGCCCGGGCAAACCAUUACCGGACGAGUUUUAAUUGGGAUUUCUAAAAGUUCAGUGAAAGUCAAAUAUAUAAAAUUGAAAUUCCGGGGAGAAGCUAAUGUCCGUUGGUAUGAAAUGAGGAGUAAAACCAGAACUCUUCCUGCAUCUUCUCAUUAUUUCACUUCAAAAGAAGAAUAUUUUAAAAAUGUUAAAAAUAAUUUUUUUCUGGUAGGUGCAAAAGGUGAAUCUCAAUUAGAAGUUGGUGACUAUGUCUAUCCAUUUAAUUUUUCUUUACCACAUGAGAUACCAUCAACAUUUAAAGGUCAGCAUGGAGAAGUAUUUUAUAUAGCAAAAGUCAAAAUUAAUAUACCUUGGAGAAUAAGUAUAGAGAAAAAAACAAUAUUUGAGGUUAUUUCUCCUGUACAUUUAAAUGAAGAACCAUCGUUAGCUGAACCCAAGACAGCGUUAAAAGAAAAGUUUUACUGUUGCUUUUUGUGUAAAUCUGGCCCGAUGACAUUGAUUGCCUAUAUCCCAUAUAGUGGUUUUAUACCUGGACAAUCUAUACCAGUUACAGUUGAAUUGGAUAACAAUAGCAAUGUCUAUGUAAAUUCUAUAGAAAUAAAGCUGGAAAGAACUUUGGAAUAUACAGCACGGUACCCUACUGGUAACAAAAACUAUGAACACUCAAAUAUUGUGAACGUUUUUAUAGAUGGUGUAGAAAAAUACAAUUCAAAAACAUGUGUGGAACAACUUCAAAUUCCGAAUGAAAUAACGGUUGUGGCUCAUGUUAAUAUUCAACAUUUAAAGGAAGUGGCUUCUAUCAAAAUAAAAUUGGGUACUACGCCAUUGACAAUAGAUAGCAAUGAUAGUGAAUUUGAUUAA